CGGGAGGGGGGAGCACACGUGAGGGGGGCGCUAGGACCCAGCCCCCCCUCCCCCGGUACCCAGCGCAGCCCGGCCAUGGCGAGCCAGUCGCAGGGAAUCCAGCAGCUGCUGCAGGCGGAGAAGCGGGCGGCCGAGAAGGUGGCAGAAGCCCGAAAACGGAAGGCCCGGCGGCUGAGGCAGGCGAAGGAGGAGGCGCAGGUGGAGAUCGAGGGGUACCGGCUGGAGCGGGAGCGGGAUUUCCAGCAGAAGCAGCAGGCGGCGCUGGGCUCCCGGGGCCACGUGUGCGCGGAGGUGGAGUCGCAGACGCGCCGGCGGGUCCAGGCCAUGCAGGGGGGCCAGGCCCAGGGCAAGGAGCGGGUCCUUCGCCAGCUGCUGGGCCUGGUGUGCGCCGUGCACCCCCAGCUGCACCCCAAUUACCGCCUGGCCGCCUAGGGGCUGCCCCAUUCCCCCCAGCCCUGCCCCCUGUCCCAAGCUCCACCCCAAUUACUGCGUGGCUGCCUAGGGGCUGCCCCAUGGACCCCCCAGCUCCACCCUCUGCCCCCCGGCUCUGUCCCCUGCUCCCCAGCUGCACCCCAACCGGGGGCGCAGAGCUCCCUACCCCGUGCCCCCCCCCGAGAGCUCUUGUGGGUGUGCCCUGAUCCCUAAUGGACUGAUUGUCCCCUGAACCCUUAAACCCGUCCCCUCCAGCUGUACCCCAAAUAUCCCAGCUGUCCCCCCAAACUGUCCCAUCCAGCUGUACCCCCAGCCCCUCCCCACCAGCUGUCCCCCUAUAUCCCAACCCCGCAUGUCUCCUGCACUGAUUGUGCCCGUGAAAUGUGAAUAAACGGUGACCAGUGGAGAAA